AUGGCGACAAACGAAUGGCGAUCUGUGAUGGCGGCUUUUGAAGCUGUAUCAGACAUAACUAAAUUAUUUACAAUGCGCCGCAGAAGUGAAAAGGGAACCCCGAGGAAAGCAAAGGCUUCGCCAGAAAAAAAGGAAAAGGAAAAGCCAGAAAAAUUAAAGCGCACUCGGAGCAGGCGUAGAAAGCAAUCAUCGACUUCCGAAGAUGAAACAGUUGAAGAGAUUAUUCCGACUGAAACCAUGGUUACAGAACCAGUAGCAGAAACCGUACAAAUCCCGCCAAAAGAGGAGAGCCCUGACCAAUCCCAAGAACAAGUGUGGCAUGUUAAGGCAGCAGAUACUUCUAGCGACGGAGGUGAAAUUCAAAAGCUUAAAAUUUGCCUUACACGACCGCCGUCUACUCCCGAACGCGUGGACCGAUCACCUCGGAGUAAAAGAAAGCAUUCACGUGCUACUAGCUCUAGCGAUACGCCUAGUGUAGAGGGUGACUCAGAAAAGAGGAAGUCAAAAUACCGUACUAGAAAGGCUACUGCGGAGUCAAAAGAUUCUACAGAGAAAAUUUUGUCCGGGAAAGAUGAUGAAGCGGAUACAGAAAUGCAGGUUGAGCCAUCAGUGAAAUCUGACUCUGAUGUCAGUCAGAGUAAUGAAUGUAAGGAGUUUAAGGAUAAGGUAAGCACUGAUGAAACUCCAAUGUCUACAACUAAUGAUGAUGAUAAAGAUGUGAAAGUUGUUUCUACUGAAGAGACAAAGGACAAAGAUGAACCUGUAAAUGAAGAACAAGCUCAAGAUAAAACAUCUGAUGCCGAUACAACAGUUGCAUCUCCUAAACAAGAGGGACCUGUGCAGUCACCAAAAGCUGAAAAUCCAGAGAGGAAAAGGAGUGUGUCAGUUGAAAAGUCUGAAGUUCUGGAGUUGCAUACUGAAGAUUUAAAGUGUGAAUCCUCAGAUAUCAAGGAACCUCAGGAAGAAGACUCAAAGGAUCAACAAAAGGAGGCAGACACUUCACAAGAGCCCAGUAAGGUAAGUACAAAUGAAGCUGAAAAUGAAGUUUCAGAGAAAACGGAGUCUCCUUCUGAGGUUCUAACUUCUGAUAAUAAAAAUGAUGUUGUAGAAAAUAGCAAUGAAGGAAAGUUAGAAUCAAGCGACAUUAAGGAGACUAUAGAGGAUAGUUCAGAGACAAUACAACAGGAUAGCUGUAUGAAAGUCACAAAUAAAAUCAUUGAAAAUGAAAAACCCACAGAGGAUAAUAUUCCUAAUGGUCAAGAACAAACAACACCCCUUGUCAUUAACAGAAAGAGGCGGUGGGGUUCACGUCCUACCAAAUUACAAUCUCAGAAGUCUAUAACCAUCUCAACAGAUGUUUUAAAAGAGAUAAUCCCCGAUGUUAAACCUACGGAAUUUGACGAAGUUAUUGAAGACAAAAAACACAAAAGAAUAGAAGUUCCAGAAAAAAUUGAAAGGCCUAUUUUGCCUAAGAUUGUUAUUGACAAUACAGAAAAUAUAGAAAUGAAUAAAAAAGAAGAUGACAAGGAAAAUAAAACUCGUGACUCACAUUUGGCAUUAUCAAGAAAAAUAUCAAUAGUUAAAGAUAGCGACAGCAUUAUUGCUAGACCACCAAGUCCACCCAGGCAUACACAAUCCAAUAUUCUGUUUAUCACUAAUCUAGUCAGGCCCUUCACUUUGCCUCAAUUGAAGAACUUGUUGCAAAGGACUGGCAGAAUAGUUGAAAAUGGCUUCUGGAUUGAUAAAAUCAAAUCUAAAUGUUUUGUCAUAUAUGAAAAUGAAGAUCAAGCCGUUGAAACAAGACACGCAUUACAUGGAGUCACAUGGCCUGUAUCAAAUCCAAAGUCAUUGCAAGUAGACUUUUCAACACAAGCCGACUUUGACAAGGCAAAGGCCAAUGAAGAUACUGACAAUGCUAAAGCAAUUACCAUACCCGGAACAGUGGAGGAUUGGUUGCGUGAGCAGGAUAUGAAGAGGGAAAAGGGAGAAGUUGAAAAGCCAUGGGAGCGUAAGGCAGCAAUGCGGGAGUGGGACUUAGGAAAGAACGAAAAAGGCAAGGAGAAGGAGAAACUACAGAGGGAAGAACGGCCGGCCGACAAGCGCAGACAUCGCUCACCAGAACGUAGUCCAGAGCCAGCAAGAAAAUUUAAAAAGAAAGAAGAGGAAGCACCAGCGAAACUUUUGGACGAUUUGUUCAGAAAGACUAAAACCACUCCCUGCAUAUAUUGGCUACCACUCUCCGCUGAAACGAUCGCAAUCAAAGAGGAGCAGCGUCGGCAACACAUGGCCGAAUACGAGAGACGGAUGCACGAGACGCGUCGUCCGCACCGCAGACAUUAG